AAGAAAGGAUUGAUUUGGCUAAAGAUCGUGAGUUGCUGAAAUCCUUGAUUGGCCGAGAAAAAAAGCGUUCUGCAAGAAAUCAGUCAAAGAUGCUUACACCUUCCGUUAUGCGGCCUAGCAGAAUCAAGGCAUUUGGGGCCAAGGUUGUCGUUGCUAAGUUUAGUAGUGAUUCGGCUAACAUUAAUAAUGAUGUGAUUAUUCAGGGUGCAGCCGACCAAGAGAAAAAAUCUGCUGUUGCAGGGUCAAAGGGCGAUGAUAAGGCCGGCGACGAUCAAGCAAGUUCUAUUGCAGAUGCUAGUAAGUUGUCGACGAUUGAUGCAACAGUUGAAAGUAUCAACGCAACAACAAGCUCUCAGGUUGAGAAUAAUAGUGGGUGUCAGAAUAGUGGUUCUCCUGCACAUGAGGGUGAGUUCCGACAAGCUCAUAAGGUUCGUCGCGACAACAUUGGUAACCAUACUUGGCGUCGACGUAGUUCAAGAAGUUCUGGCACAACAGGUAAUUUUCGAAGGAGACGUGCAACAUCUCGGCGAAGUAAGCAUACUCCUCGUUUUAAUCAUGUUCCUCAUUUGGCGUGGGUGCCGUAUUACUUUGUCAUUCCAGCAGGUUGGCAUUAUGUCGAUGUUAGUGCCAUGCCGAAUGCUUAUUGCUGGUGA